AUGUCUGACAAGCUUUCUGACGAACAAAUCAAGGAAUUCAAGGACGUGUUCCAGCUUUUCGACCAGGACCUGGACGGCAAGAUCACGCUGAAGGAGUUGGGGACGGUGAUGCGCUCGUUGGGGCAGACGCCGCUGGAGCUGGAGCUCACCGACAUGAUCAACGAGGUCGACAUGGACAACGACGGCCUGAUUGACUUCCCGGAGUUCUUGACGAUGAUGGCGCGCAAGAUGAAGGACACCGACCUGGAGGCCGAGAUCGCUGAGGCGUUCAAGGUGUUUGACCGUAACGGCGACGGCAAGAUCUCUGCUGCUGAACUCAGACACGUGCUCACGCUGAUUGGCGAGAAGCUUUCCGACGCCGACGUCGACCAGAUGAUCAAGGAGGCCGACACCAACAACGACGGCGAGAUUGACAUCCAGGAAUUCACCAUGUUGUUGGCCGCUAAGUAA